AUGAUAAUAGAGUGCGAAAACGCCGUCGAAAUCGAGCACAGCCCUGAAAUAGUAUUCAGAAGUGAGAAGAUUCGGGCCGGGUAUAAUAACAUUACUAUUUAUGGAAAGCGAACUCCCGUCGAGCGCCAGACGAAUCUCCCGUACGAAAAAUCGGAUUCUGAUUUUCGAGAAACGAGCGAGCUGGCGUUGAUCACGAUCGACUGGGUCGGGAGCAGUGUGUCGGCUGGAUUCGUGAAGCUUUCCCAGAGAGGGGUAUUUGUGUCAUUUCCCCACACGACGAAAUUUCCGGCGUCUGUCAUGGAGGCGUAA